AUGACAAAUCCAAUUAUUAAAGUGUUGACCAAUGAAAAUUUAUUUAAAUUCAUAUUGUCAAAAGUUGUGGAUUUAAAUAAAGCUGGUAGUUGGAGAAGACAAUAUUCCCAUUGGAAUUCUUUAGAAGACCUGGUUGAAAAUAAACAUUUUGGAUUAAUAUUUGACAAAUUAAAAAUAAAAAAACAUUUCAGUAUUUGUAAUUCAAGUCUUCACCAAUUUGUUAAAGAUGUUCCAAAUAUUGAUGUUUUCAAUUAUUUUUAUAUUAAAAAAAGACAUCUGUUUUUGGAUUCUCAAUUAAUUUAUUCAGCAAUUGAGAAUGGAUCUUUGGAUAUAUUCACAAUAUUAUUCAAUCAAUCGUAUCCUUGUUCACUAUUUCAAAACAACUAUACAAAUAUUGUAAAAUUAUUAAAUACCGUGUGGCAGAGAUCAAAAUAUGAAAUUUAUUUCUAUUUAAUAAAUUUAUUUAAUGGAACAACAGACUCUUUUGGAUUCAGACAAAAGGCAAUAGAUUUAUUUAAUUUGGAAAAUAUCAAGAAACACCCAAAUAGUAUAAGAACAGUUUUGGAUAGAGCACCAAGUUGGUUUUUAUCGAAACUUUUUGAAGAGACUAAGGGUUUGCCUAUGGAAAGUGUAGUAUUGACAGUAGAUCUAGAAGUAAUACAGAGAUUCAUGCCAAUUUUAGAAGUAGAUAAAUAUCAUUUCACAGAAUUCAGCUCAAUUGGUUAUCAUCUAUUCAAUAUUGAAAAGGUAGACUACAACUUAAUUCAUGUAAUUCAAUAUGUCAUGGUCAAUUUCUAUUCUAUCCAUUUAGAUUUCGAAGAUUUGGCAAAAAAGGUUAUAACUAAAUUGAAAGCAGCAUGUAAAUCUUUGGAUAUUCAACCAUCGGAAUUCCCCUAUUACCUAUCAAAGAUAAAUUCAUUGGAAAGUAAUUUUCUCUUGAUCGAAUCAAUCAUCUAUCUUCUAAGAGUGUCAAAUUUAUUUGAUGGUUUAGAGGAAUCUUUAUUGAAACAUCUAGGUUUAAUCCUACAAUCAGAUCCUUACAGUUCGCUGUAUGUUUCAUAUAUUACACAUUGUAUAUCUCAAUCUUACACCUUCAAUCUUGUUUGUAGAUAUGGAACUCUCAAACAUUUGAAUGCAGCACUUCAACUUGUCGAUUUUGACAAUAUCUCACCUAGGGAAGCAAUUGAAUCAGCAAUAUUAAAUAGCAAUACUACAAUUAUUCAAACUCUAAUUGAACUAUAUCAAUCGGAGAUUCUGAAAAUAGUUUCAACAAGUCAUUCUUUUAGAAUCAACGAAAGAUCUAUGUAUCUUAUUAGUUACCUCUUGGAGAAAGAUCCAUUCAUAGAAUUACCGCAAUCAUCUCUUGUCAUUUUGGAUAAAUCAUUAUUACCCUACUUGGUAUCGAUGAAUGUACUUGUACCAAGAAUAUUGGAGCCUCUUAACCUUCCAGCAAUUGCUCUGACAGCCAGCAGAAAUGGAUUAACAAACAUUGUUUCACUUCUUAUGGUGGAACUUCCAGAGAUAUUCACACCUACCCUACUAAGUCAAAUGUUUAAGGAAUCACUCGCAGGUCAGCAUGAAGAGCUAUCAAAGUAUUUGGUUUCUUCUCAAUUGUGGAUUAGCUAUCAAGAAUUGACAAUUCCAUGUCAAUUCAUAGGUAAACUUGGAUACAUUGAUCAAUUUCAGCUAGUGGCAGAACAGAUGACACCUCAUACUUUGGAAUUAACAAUGAAGAAAGCAAUAGAACACGGAAGAUUAGAAUUAAUUCAAUAUCUAAUUUCAAAUAAUUACCAGAAAUCACUUUCAUCUGAGGAUAAGAUGAAUAUUAUUCGUUUUGGGCAUAAACAUAUUGCGGAAAGUUAUUUAGACGAAUUCAAGUAUGAUGAUCAAUAUAUUGUCGAAUCAAUAUUUGAAGAUCAAGUAGAAAUAUACCAAUUGCUCUUUGACCAAUUGAGUAUCGAAAAGAAAUCAUAUGUUCUACAGCGAUUGUUUUCAAAAUUAAUUGAAACUAAAACAAUAGAUAGAAAUAAACAUCAUUUUAUAAUAUUAUAUGCCAUUUGUAAUGGUGCUAUAAUAAUAUAG